AUGACACCAAAUGAACUAAAUUAUUCACUGGUGGAAAAGAUAUGCUUGGCGCUCAUCUUCGCCAUAAAAAAGUGGAAGCAUUACUUCCAAGCGCACACUAUCCGGUUGGUGUCCAAAGCAAAUCCCUUGAAAUAUGUCAUGUCAAAGCCUGUCCCUUCUGACCGACUCGCGAGGUGGUACCUGCAGGUGCAACAAUUCGAAAUCAUAUAUGUACCACAGAAAGCUGUAAAAGGACAAAUAUUGGCUGACUUCCUUGCUGAGCAUCCCAUCCCCGCUGAGUGGGAGUUGUCUGACGACUUCCCUGAUGAAGACGCGCUUUUUCUCGAAAUCACCCCACCAUGGAAAAUGUAUUUCGACGGCUCAUCACACAAAAAUGGAGUUGGAACCGGAGUACUAUUUGUCACAUCACAAGGAGAAGUCCUUCCAUACUCUUUUGCCUUAAAAGAAAAGUGUUCAAAUAAUGUGGCUGAGUAUCAAGCACUCAUCCUCGGCCUAAAAAUGGCGGUAGAUAUCAAGCAACGCCAACUUCAAGUGUACGGGGAUUCCAAGCUGGUUGUAAAUCAAAUCACUGGAGAGUUUGAAGUGAAGAAACCAGAACUAAUGCCUUACUUAAAGUAUGCUAAGGCACUCAUUGAGUUGCUCGGGGACGUCUCUAUUGAAUAUGUCCCAAGGAAAGAGAAUGGGCAAGCUGACGCUCUGGCUAAAUUGGCAUCGACUCUAUCCAUCCCGGAUCAACAGGUGUAUAUUCCGAUACACAAAGUUUGGGUGGAUUCCUGCAAGUAUGAAGAAGAAGAAUGUGUUGAAAAAGAACUCCCGAGUGACCCGCGCAGACGAGCAGAUAUCCGAAGAAGAGCUGCACGCUACGCCUACUUCAACGGCAUACUCUAUCGUCGGUCGUUCGACAACAUGUUCCUUCGAUGCCUCGGCAAUCAUCAAGCCAAACAAGCUAUGGAGGAAACUCAUGCCGGAAUCUGUGGAGCUCAUCAAGCUGGCCCAGAGUUACACUUCCUAAUAAAGAGGAUGGGGUAUUAUUGGCCAACCAUGGUUAAAGACUGUAUAGAGUUCGCACGGAGCUGCCAACCGUGUCAAUUUCAUGCUAACUUUAUCAAUCAACCACCGGAACCAUUGCACCCAACUAUUGCUUCGUGGCCAUUCGAUACCUGGGGCAUGGACGUUAUAGGACCACUCGCAAAGUCGUCCGCUGGACAUCUCUAUAUCUUGGCCGCAACAGACUACUUCUCCAAAUGGGCAGAAGCAGUUCCUUUGAAAGAAGUCAAAAAGGAGACAGUAGCUGACUUCAUACGAGUCAACAUCAUUUACCGUUAUGGGGUUCCUCGGUGUAUCAUCACUGAUAAUGGAAGAUCUUUUGCCAAUACUCACAUCGACAAGCUUUGUGAAAAGUUUGGCUUUCAACAAAAGAAGUCCUCAAUGUAUUAUGCACCGGCAAAGGGACUCGCAGAGACAUUCAAUAAAACACUUUGUAACUUGCUGAAAAAGGUUGUCUCCAAAUAA